GGGACAAACCUCCGUCAGCAGGUAUUAAACUGGCGCCCCGGCGGAGCCCCGAGCCGCGGACACACACACGCAGAGAGGAGCGCAGACUGAAGCGGGACUGGCGCAGACUGCAGGUGUCCGUGUUUAAAGUUCACCAAACUGUUUUCUUUGGGAUCUAAAAGUUUCUCUUCAAGCGGCCAGGUUGCCUGGAGGUUCGAGUCGGACAGCAGAACCGAGCCCUGUGUGGCGCAGGACGGGGAGCCAUGCUGUCUCUGAGCCCAGUGGGCCCCGAGGAGCAGCGGAGCUGCGGGAGCUGCGGGGCCCCCUGCAGCUGCGGUCUGGAUGACAGCCUGACCAACCUGCAGUGGCUGCAGGAGUUUUCCAUCCUGGGGGCUCCGGGACCGCAGCAGGGCCAGCAGCAGCUGGGCCCCGGCGGCCCGGCCUCGCCCCUGGCCGGGGACCCGGCCUCCUGCAGCGGGUCACCGCUGACUCCCGGGAAGCCCACCGCUGCGGCCUUCAGCCGGAUGCGGGCCCCGCCGGGUCUGGCGGCGCGCGGCCACUGCCCGGCCGAGGUGGAUUACCGCAGCAACCCGGACAUCAAGCCGCCGUUCUCCUACGCCACGCUGAUCUGCAUGGCGAUGCAGGCCAGCCAGCACAGCAAGCUCACCCUGGCCUCCAUCUACCAGUGGAUCACCGACAACUUCUGCUACUACCGGCACGCGGACCCCACCUGGCAGAACUCCAUCCGCCACAACCUGUCGCUCAACAAGUGCUUCAUCAAAGUCCCCCGCCGCAAAGACGAGCCGGGCAAAGGCGGCUUCUGGCGCAUCGACCCACCCUACGCCGAGCGCCUGCUCAGCGGCGCCCACCGGACCCGACGCACGCCACCGCUGCGGGUCCACUUGCCGUCGUCGAACGAGGAGCGCUGGGACCCCCGCCUGUCUGAGGGCGGCCCGCCGGACCCCCGUGCCCGGGCCCCCGGCCGCCGCGGCGCCAAGAGGAAGUCGGUGCUGGAAACCCGGAGCCGCGCCUCCGAGGCUAGCCGGCACUGCAGCUCCCCGCUGCUCUGCGUGGACGAGCAAAGGGAGACCGGGCCCCUGAAGGGCCCCUUCGACUGGGACGGCCUGUUGGACUCGGCCCUCCGGGGUGAGCUGAGUUUGGAUGGAGGCGACUCUCUGAGCCCCAUCAUGGCCACCGCCGACCCUCCUGCACCCAGGAGUGGCAACGACCUGGAUGAGGAAACCUUCCUGGCAACCGCUUUCCUGGAGACGCCCUGGCCGGAGGACGAGGACCGCGGCGACUUCCUGGGCGGCUCCACCGUCAACCUGGACCAACUGUUUGACCUGGGAGAGCCGCUAGCCCUGGACGCUAGCAGCCGCAUGGAGCCACUAGCAAUGGAUGCUACCAACUGCAUGGAGCCGCUAGCCCUGGACGCUAGCAAAUGUCUCCUCUGAAGAAAGGGUCAGUGACUAAAAUUGCUCGGACGCUGCAGGGAAACGUGUCUUCCUGUCCUGUAGACUCUUGUCCGCGCCUGCUUCCUGGAGACGCCACUAGAGGAAGCAGGAAACACAUGAGACAGAGUCCAACAUUAAAAAACUAAAUGAACAAUAUUUCUAAAGUAAAUCUGUAGUUUAUA